GAAGUGCCUAUAUAAACCAAAUUAAACGCACGGCAACAGAUACUAAAACACAAAUCAGAAGAAAGCAAAGCAACCAACAUUCCGUUGCCCGGCCAUCGACCAGUCCCAUUGCUGCACGGUGAUGAUGAGGUCGACGGCGGCAGUGUUCUUGGCGAUGGUGGUCGUGGCCACGCCGUUGCUGGCCUCUUCGCAGCCGAUGCCGGCGCCGCCCGCGCCGCCGACGAACAACUCGCGGCUUGAGAAGGCUUACGUGGCGCUGCAGGCGCUGAAGCGCGCCAUCACGGAGGACCCCAAGAACCUGACGCACAACUGGUGCGGGCCGGACGUGUGCAGCUACUACGGCGUGUACUGCGCGACGGCGCUCGACGAUCCAUGCGCGCGCACCGUGGCGUCCGUGGACCUCAACCACGGCGACCUCGCCGGCACGCUGCCCGAGGAGCUGGGACUCCUCACCAACCUCGCCGUCUUCCACCUCAACUCCAACCGCUUCUGUGGCACCCUCCCCGACUCCCUCCGUUCCCUCCACCUCCUCCACGAGAUUGACGUCAGCAACAACCAGCUCUCCGGCAGCUUCCCCUCCCAGCUCCUCUGCCUCCCCAACGUCCAGUACGUCGACAUCAGGUUUAACAACUUCUGCGGCGAGGUGCCGGCAGCGGUCUUCGAGAAGAAGAUCGACGCGCUGUUCAUCAACAACAACCACUUCGAGUUCACACUGUCGGAGAGUUUCAGCAAGUCCACGGCGUCCGUGAUCGUGCUGGCCAACCUGCCGCGGCUGGGGGGAUGCCUGCCGAGCAGCAUCGGCGACAUGGCAGGGACGCUCAACGAGCUGAUUCUCCUCAACAGCGGCAUCUCCUCCUGCAUCCCGCCGGAGAUCGGCAAGCUCGACAAGCUCACCGUGCUCGACCUCAGUUUCAACAACAUCACCGGCACACUGCCAGACAGCAUCGGCAACAUGAAGGCGCUUGAGCAGCUCAACAUCGCACACAACAGGCUCUCCGGUGAGAUCCCCGAGAGCAUCUGUGCGCUGCCUCACCUCAAGAACUUCACCUACUCCAACAACUUCUUCUGCGGCGAGCCACACCGGUGCCUGGAGGUGCCGCACAUCGACGACCGGCAGAACUGCAUCGCUGGACGCCCAGACCAGCGGCCUGGCGAGCAGUGCAUCGAGUUCCUGCACCAGCCGCCGGUGCACUGUGACGCGCACGGGUGUUUCGCGCCACCAUCACCGCCACCCCCGGUGUAUGCGCCUCCACCGCCGGUAUACUAAUAAGUGGCAGUAAAUGGUAAUACUGGAAUUUGUAACUGUUUGCUGCCUUUGGGCUGUGAGAGAGGGUAAAGUUGCACACAUGUGGUACAUACUGUAAUCUUUAUUUUUCAGAGAAAAGGUAAUAAUGGAUUGAUAGAUUUGCAUUA